CCAAUCCAAUAUGUCGGCUCAUUGGCCACGAAAAGCGCGAAAAUGAACGCUAUUAAAACCAAGAUUUGCGACGCGUCCACUUUAAUUUUAGUGGCACGGAGCAGCACACUUAACAGCUAUUUCGACUACAGGAUCUUAUUGCUUGAAAGAGCCGCCAAGAGUGCAUUUAUGGUGAGUUAACAUACGCCCUGUUUUCAACUUUAUCUGUUCUUUCAUCACACAUUGCAUCCUGCAACCUAAAUUAAUAUUGUUUUAUAUCUAUAAGUUAUUGUUAUUAUUUAUCAAAAGAUGUCGCCGCUUAUGAUUGGUUUUAAUCCCUUGGCUAAUUCUUCAUAACCAGCUGGUGCUAGCCAAAUUUGUAUUUGCAAUUAUUAAUUAUUCCAUCAUUGACGUUGUCUCUGAUGUCAAUUAUGGAAUAACAGCGAUUAGUAAAAUCCAACUGGUGGUCUGUUAUCAAUGCUGCGUUGACCCAGAUCCCAUUCGGGCUCGAGGAAUAAUAAUUGUUAAAUCUACAUUUAUUUGCCAGCAUACACUACUGUACUCUUCAAAAGCAAGUUGACACUCGAUUCUCGAUUGUUGUGUCUCCAUUCUAGAUGCUUGAUUCCAGUGGGACACAUCAAACCCGAAUGGCCUUUGUUUAGUUUCAAGUAAUUCACUGUCUACUCUCGGUUGUUGUCAGAGUCUACAACCUUUGUUCAAGUUUUGAGUAAUGUUCAAUCUUACCUCUCUCACGUCAGAAAAAACUUUAGAACUACUCUUUAAAUUGACAAACUUUACUCAACGUUUGAUUCCUUCGAGAAACGCCUGAACUAUGCAAAUUCAAGACCCAGUUACAGUUGACAGCUCUUCAGGAAAUUUGCAUUUGUUCGCACAGCUCAGGUGAUACUUUGCAUGGAAACCGUAUCAUUUAAAUGGCAGGUGUGGUCAGCUCAUUAGUUGAACUCGAAAAGCAAUCCAUGCCUUUAAGAAUUAACUACAAUGUAAAAUAUAAAAUCUAAAGAAGCUUCUGUAAAUAAAGUCUCAAAGCCCUUCUUGUUGCUUUUGCUCACCAGCUUGUCUUUUGAAUUCUACUCGCCAGCAUUAUCACAGUUGAAUGUCUGCUUAUCGGUGUCUGCAGUCAGGGUCUGUUCUUAAUUAUUGCCAAAUGAAUGCUUUCUUUACAAAUUAUUAUUCUACCCAAGGGAUAAUUUGGAAAGGUCAGAUAUUGCAUGGUUAAACACAAAAUUGGUUUACUUUUUAUGUAUGUUUUAAACAAUGUGAUGUGUCAUACAAUAUAUCUCAAUAACUGGUAGGGUGCAUUAAAAAUGCCAACACAGGACUCAGUAAAUGCUUUGUUUUUUGAAGAGUAAGGCCUGUUAUGCAGGAUGGUAGUGUUAAUAGUUAAUAAUGCCAGUUGGUUUUUGUUUAUACCAACUGUUCCAAAUAAAUAACAAAUAAUUAAGAAAGAGAGUCGGCUCCAAAAAAUGUUGCGGAUAGGGAUGCAGGGAUGAGAAACAGUAAUUUUUGUUUUUUGGUUUGUUGGUUAUUUUUUUCACUUGGCCUAAUUAAAAAAAAUUAAUUUUGUAAUUUCAAAUUAUCCACAAUUGACAUCUUGCAAGACAGUAGUGCAGCCAGUUAGCUGUUUCAGCAGUGCAGAAUUUAAGAAAAUGGUGAAAGAAUUGUAUACAAAGAUGGAUUAGCCAACUGUCUGGCGAAAAGUGACAGCCAGAAUAUGCAAAAUAUCACUUAAGGGAUGUCAACUUCUUAUUGUGGAAUAACUGCAAGAAAGAAUGCCUGGCCCUGUGAAAAUAAUGUUCUCAAACUGCCAAGGAACUGGCAAAUGUUUUGAAGAAAGUCUACAAGGAUUUCAAGAACUUGCAUUAAUAUUUUUGUUGAAAGAAUGGUAAAACAAUUUUCAACCUGGUUUAAUGUAUUGUGUGAAGAAUUGUGAACAUCUCAGAGGAUCCACUGUGAUCUUCACUAUUCUUCAACGCCAUACUCAGCUUCAGUCAAUUAUAAAAUGUUAAAUGCACAUGCAUGCAAUUUUCCAUUUUUCUCCAGCCAAGCACUUAUGUAUUUCCUGGUGGUUUGAUUGAGAAACAUGUUGACUUUUCAAAUGACUGGAUGGAAUUGUUUAAGCAAUCAUUUGCCAAGUUUGGUACAGACUUUACUACCCUUGUUAAUAUACAAGGACCUCGUCCUCCUGUGCUAAAGAAGUCAACCACAGACAUUCCAAGUGAAGUUGCCUUUAGAAUAUGUGCAAUCAGAGAGACAUUCGAGGAGUCUGGCAUCUUGUUACUGAAGAACCUCUCGAGCAAACAUCAGAGUCGCCUGAGUUUUGAUGAAGUUCAGAUUUGGAGGAAAAAGGUUUAUGCAGAUGCUUCCAAUUUUUUAAAUAUGUGCAGGUAUUGACAGGAUUUAUUAAAAUAUUAUUAAUGGUCAAGUUGCCCUAUAGUCAUCUAUGGCAAAGUCACAGUGUGCCACCCAGUAUCACCUGAAUUUUACACUUAUUAACUUAUUAAUAAUUUAUUGACCUUGAAGGCACUUUGUAUAUUGUGUUCCUGACUGAGGAGUAUUUCAGUACUGCUCAAAAGUAAGUUGACAGUCUCGAGUGGAGACUAAAAACUUGAAUGAAUCGAGUGUCAAGACACAAGAAGUGUGUCUCCAGAUGCAAGAAUCACGUUUUGAGUUUCAAGAAACUUACGUUUUUGAAUAUUCAUCAUUUGAAAGGGUUUCAAGAAAACAAUUUAUUUCCUGAGUAAAAUAAAAACAAAUUAAGCCAUUCACACAUACAGUGAAAAUUUGCACCGAGCAUUGGCACUUGAAAUUUACGUGUCAUAUGAAGUUUUGUAGGUGAUAAAAAGGGACCAACGGAAGCCAUGUUACGAUUCUGUUUGGAUGGUACAGAUCACAAACAGUGCGGCAGUAUUGGACAUGACUGUGUCUGAAGCAAUUUCAGAUGUGACAUCAUCUGUCAAGCUUGUCAGAAAAUUAGCUACAAAGCCUCCGCUGCUUACUUGAAUAGUGUAAACUGAGCUGGAAACAAGGCUCUUACAUGGAGUAAAAGAGAAGGGUACCCCAUGGCCAGCCACCAGCUAAAGGGAAGCAGGGUAUUCAUAUUCAUGUAAUGUGUUAUUAAUAUUAUUACAGGAUGGUCCAAACAAGUCAAAGAACUAUAGGAGGCCCCGGAAAAUAAUAUUUGGAUUAAAUUUUAUGCUGUCUGGACCUUGUUUAACUGAAUAAUAAUUAUAAUUAUUAUUAUACAAUGAUACAGAUACAGUGUACUGUACAAACUAUUAAUAAUAAUUAUUAAUAGUUUGCAGUAAGUGUAUGACUUGUGUGGUAACAAUGUAUCCCUUUAUUAUGUUGACAUUCAACCCAUUCACUCCUAGAGAUUUUGCGGAAAAACGCGUUUUGAAGCUAGUCGAGUGGUUUUCUGGUCACUGUCGUGCUAUAAAGAGCUAAAACUUACCACAAACUAGUUUACAGGUCGAACACUUUACGGCCUUCUGAUCCAGAUGCAAACUAUCAGCUUGCAAAGCGCAGAAAGCUAUCAGCAUGCGCAGAAAGCAAAAUUUCGAGUUUUGGGGUUUAAAAGUGACAGAGUAGUCUUGACUUUUACUUUUCGCUUUCUCUCCUCCCUUCUUUUUUCGCUUUUCUUGCCUCAUUUUUUCUUGCCCAAUGUUUGGGAGGUCAUAGGUUCAAAUCCUUUCAGGGACUCAGAUUUUUUCUGUGUCCCAUGCUCGUGACAUGCUGGUCAUUUCAUUUUCACAUAAAGUAGUAAUGCUCAUAAUGCAGGAUAUCAUACACAUAUUCAAAAAUUAAACCUCACAGGACUUCAUCAUUCACUCUGUGAAAGUGGGGUUAAUGGUUAUGUGCAUAAUUGCAUAAGUGCAACAUUAAUAGGCCAUUAUUAUUUCUGAGUUACCCCAAACCUCUGUUUCAAAGCAAGGCUAAGUGUUAAGAAAAUGAUUUUCUAUUCUUGUGUAAAUGAAACUCAUUACACAAGAUCGGUUUUGUACUUAGCCUCGUUUUGUAUGUCAGGGAUUUUGGAACUUACAAAAUGGCCUUUUUUUAAUGUCCCUGUGAUUUAACAGGUGGCUAAGGUGUGUACCGGAUGUGUGGUCUCUCAGUGAAUGGUCUAAUUGGAAAACACCAGCUAGUCUACCUAGGCAAUAUGAUACCAUGUUUUACACCUGCUUCAUUGACAAAGAACCUGCUGUUCAUGUUGAUAAACAAGAGAUGAUGCAUUCAAUGGUAAUUAUAUACAUGUAUUGCUUCUUAAGUUCUGUUUUAGUGGCAUUGAUUGGUUUAGAGGCGAAUCCAAUGUUUUUUCAUUGGCAGGGGGUCUAAUCUUGAUCUUCAUUUUAGUAUUGAAAUUUUUUACAGCUAGGUCAAAACUGUUGGGGCACUAACACAGUAGCUCAACAAAAUGACACAUUAUAAAAAAAUAACAACUUAUAGCCAAAUUUAUUGGUCAUUCCCUGAAUUAAAGGGCUUUAAUUGAGGUAAUUGACCUACUUAUGCACCUACUAUUGGCACGACAAGGAUUGUUGAUGACGAUGAAUGGUGGUAAUUUACCAAAUAGAAAUCUUCUGCCACCAAAAGAGAAGUAACUCUUAUUAUGCUAGUUUCAUUUCAGUGGAUGACACCAGCAUCAGCAGUCUCAAAGUGCAUCCAGGGACAAAUCAAUCUUGGGGUACCUCAAAUUUAUGAGAUGUCAAGAUUCUGCCGGUGAGCCUGGAUCAAGUUAUUAACCCUUUAUGUCCCAAUAGUGAUGUCCAACGUCAAUUUUCUCCCAACAAUAUCUAAACAUUUUCAAGAGAAAUGGCUAUGAGGAUUAAUGAAAUGAUCACCUGAGAAAAAUGUCUUGAUCUUUUAUCAAAAUCUCUCAACUAAUCCUUAAGGAAAUGUAAGGAGCUCAGUCUGGAGAAUUUGAAUAUGGAUAUUGGAGCUAAAAGGGUUAAUGCACAUUUUUUCACUAUUCUUGGCAUUUGUUUCUUUAUCAAAACAUGUGUAGCUAAUUCAUGUGGACAUCAAGUUAUCCUGUUAUAUGUUUGGUAGUUCUGUUUGAAAACAAUUUUUUUAGCCCCUUCAAAAGUAGCAUCAACAUGAAAGUCAGGCAAUUUUAAUUGCUUAAGAGAUAAGAGUGUGUGAGGAAUGGUGGCUUUGUCAGUUUGUUCAAGAAGUGCUAAAAUGCUUCUUUUUAAUUGAACAACUCUAUUUUUCCAGUUUUGAAGUAAGGAGGGGGCAGCUCACCGCCGUAGCCAGUAUGAGGCGAACCGAGGCACUCGCCUCGGUAAAAUUUUACCAAAUACUGUCGAUUUUUAUUUUUUUUAUCAGACUGAUAAUAUUAGAAGAUUUCAUACGGCUGAUUUCGUACAACGGACCGUGUGUUCGCCUCGGUUGUAGUUUCUUCCUGGCUACGGCCCUGCAGCUGUACACUGGCUAGAAAUUACCAUAAAUAUUCAAAUUAGUGCCCAGCUUCCCACACUUCGAAUUAACACCCCACCGACCUUAGGCUAAAAACAUUAGGUAAGUUUUUGAGGAUAGCAAUAUGGAAAGUAAAGUGGAUUGGUUGGAUUACCAGAAUUCAUUUGACUACAGGACCUUGAAAGCUAAGUGAAUGUACCACACACACAAAUUUAGGUUUCUGUUCAAAGGUGCAUUCCACUUUUCCCGUUUUAAAUGUUCUAUUUUUUGUCCUGAAUAGAAGGCAAUGUCAUGACAAUUAUUGAGUUGAAAAGUCGAAAAAAUGAAAUCAGCACCUUGUUGAAAAUAACACCCCUUUAGUUUAACCCUGAGGCUUAUUCAAGCAUUGACAAGACCCAUUGUUACUGAUAAGGGUUGUAUAUUUCUGUAUAGAUUUCCAAAAUGGUCAGAAUUUCAGUCAUUUCAAGAUAGACGUGCAACUCUUGGAUGUGAACAAUGGCUCGCUAUUCUCUUACAGUGUACAGAUGGCAUACUGGUAAAAAAACUGUACUUAUGUUUGUUGGAAAUAAUUAUGUUAAUUACCGUAUUUGCUCGAAUAAGCGCCGCUCCUGAUAAAGUGCAACCCUCGAAAAUAAGCACCACAUUUGGGAGAAAAAUGUUAAAAUAAGCGUUGCCCCUGAAUAAGCGCCGUGGCCGUGAAAUAAUCAAAAUCAAAAGACCUUAAGUGUGUUAGUUUAUAAUACAGAAAAUAAUAACACUGUAGUUAAUACAAUCCUUUUGUCACGUUCAACAUUCAAAUAAAUGCUGCCCUGAAAUAAGCGCCACCCUCGAAGGAGUGCUGCAAUUGCUAAGGCGUGAAAAGUUAAAUAAACGCCGCGGCGCUUAUUCGAGUAAAUACGUUAUUGUCAAUUGGAUGGGCUAAAGCAGACUUUCAGUAACCUUGCCUGUUCUUUGUUUUUAUUUUAACCAUCACAUGUUAACAAAUAAUUCCCUGUUGGGGCCUCGUACAGUGGAAGAUCAUGGGUGCAGCUUUAAGAUUGCCAGCUGUGAAAUUUCAGGAGAUUGUUUCAUCCCGCAGCCAGCUAAAGGCAACUGAAUUGUGGAAAGGGUGAAAGUGUAGUGGUAGUGUCUUGCUUGGUGACCAAAAAACGGAUCACCUCCAACACAACGUUCUGGCGCACAUCAUAGAAUCUGUUCCUUUAUGAAUUUUGAAUGAUUUAUUUACUUCUAAGGAGACCAGAGAGUAUUUUUACGGUUACAACUUUCUUCCGUGUACAUACUAACUUCCUAACAAACUAAAGCAGAUUAGUAAAAUCCAACUAGUGGUCUAUUAUCAAUGCUGCGUUCUGAUUGGUUGAGCUACUACUAGGCUAUUUGUUAUAGCCCCCUAGUAGCCAAAAGCGCGGGCUUUUUGGCGAAAAAAAAGGAUUAAAGUCUACCUUUAACUAGCUAAAAAUUUUUUAUUCUCGAUAUUUUUGACCUACCAGUUGGAUUUUACUAAAACAAUAAAUUAUUCCUCGAGCCGGAAUGGACUCUGAGUCAAUAGCCCAUGAGGCCGAAGGCCGAAUAAGCUAUUGACUCAGAGGCCAUGAGGGCGAGAUUUAGUUUUAUUAUUGUUGUUUGUGGUUUUUAGGACCUAUUUCCUCAUGACGACCUUUACGCAUCACAGCAUAAGAGAGUUUUAGAUGAACUGUCCAAGAGUAGUACUGGACAAAUUUCAAUGGGUGAUUACCCCGAAACAAUAGCAGAUUGUAACUCCAAAGGAAGAAAUUUCAAUCGAAUGGUUCACCCGCAUUCCUGCAGUCUACACACCAUACUAUGUAAUGUCUCACUUCCUCAUGGACAGUGCGUGCCAUUAACGGACCAUUCUAAAAUUCAUCAACUCGCCAAAGAAUUGCGACCGCUUCUUUAA